AACCAGUUGCAGUAAAGGACGCUUAUUGGCAAUUUGAGGACGAAUGUUGCUCGAAUAUUAACCAGCCCGUACCAUGUCGAAUAAAAGAAGGCUUACCAAGGAACAAAUAAUCCAAAAUUUGAUGAAAAACAGCAAACCUAAAACGGGUCAUUGCUGUAGAUUUGAUAAACAAGAGAUAGAGACACUGUAUGAUGUGUUUAAAUGUUUGUGUGCCAAGCAGCAGAAACCAAGGUUAGACCGGUUAUGCUUCAGAGAAAUCCUCCAUAACAAGUUCGAUCUCACAGAAGACAUUAUAAUGGAUCGAAUUUUCCGAGCAUUUGACAAGGACAAUGAUGGUGUUUUGAGUGAUGAGGAGUGGAUCUAUGGCUUGGCAACAUUCCUUAAAGGGGAAUUGGAAGAGAAAAUCCAAUAUUGCUUCAUGGUUUAUGAUCUCAAUGCAGAUGGUUACAUCUCUAGAGAAGAAAUGUUUCAUCUCUUAAAAAAUUCCCAAGUGAAGCAUACCUCAGAAGAUGACCCAGAUGAAGGUGUGAAAGAACUUGUAGAAAUAGCACUGAAGAAACUGGAUGUGGAUCACGAUGGAAGAUGCUCACUGGAUGAUUUUCGCAGUGCUGUACAGACAGAUAAUUUGCUGUUAGAAGCACUGGGGCCCUGUCUGCCUCCUUCCUGUCGCCGAAAUAACUUUCUGCAGCUCGUGAAAGGAAAUCUUGUCAAUCAAAUUGUUGGAGACUAAAACAUGAACCGAGAAGAAGACUAUAGUGUGUAUAAUCAUGUGAAACAGAAAUCUGUCCAACACUCUAGUAUAUUUGCCAGUUCUAUCAUAGAUCAAAUUCAUACUGAUCACAUGUUUACAUUAAUACCUUUCAAAUAAAUAUUAUGCAAAUCUUCAGACAUUUUUGUUACAAACUUGAUUUAUUUGCUUUGAAUUUUUGUUUUAAAGUUGUUAACACGUACUGGAGUUUGGAACAGAAGUUUUAUUAUUUUCGCACAAGUAUCAUAAAAGCAAACACAAUGUGAUUAUUUAAUAUUUUGAAAUGAACAGCAGACUUGCAUUAAUUUUUAACAAUGGAGUUGACUGACAACUCAUUCGAGAUUAUCUGUAAAUAUGGGUACAAUUUGUUAAGUGUCUGUUUAGAAAUUGUUUUUGUCUUUUGAUGAAUGUUGUUAAAUCCUUUAAGAUGUUAAUGGGUUUUUUUCACAAGUAUUUUUAAUUCAUGAUGAGGAAGUAUGUAUUCUUUAUACAUUUCAUCCCAAUGUUAAAAGAAAAAAUUAUUUCGAUCCUUGAAUCAGAUGUCAUUGAAAGUUGUGACAUUCAUGUACAUAAAGUUUUAACAUGAUUCCCUAUAUAUGAACAUUAAGUCUCGAAAUUAUUAUUAUAAAAUUUGGAUUACUCUGUUCACAUGUAAUGUACACCUUGUUAAAAUAUCCGGAACGAAGAAAUAAAAUAUUAAUAUGAUUACUUGUCAAAAGUUUGACAGUGAUAAUAUAGUGUACAUAAAACAUUAAAAAUACAGAAACAGAAGAAAUAAAUUUUUAAGUACCAUAAAUCAUUUAUGUUGAACCGUUCUUGGACCCAGUACCUGGUGAUGUCAGAUUCUGGGACCAGAUUAUGCAUGCUUAGCCUUACGUUGAUAUGGGGCAUGAUAAAAUGUAUCCAGAAUCUUAAUGUUGAAUAGGGGAACAUGGCCCUGUUUGAGCUGAACAAAGACUUUUCUCUUUAAAAGUAAAGAGAAUAAAUGUAUAAAAUGUGUAGAGACAAUAACUCAUUAAAAUUGCUAGAAUAUCAGUUUUGUUAGGGUGCCAUUGAUAACCCAUGCAACUUUAUACAAAUCAUUAGAGUAAUAAAAAACGGUAAACGUUUGGGCCAGGGAGUUUUUCCAUGUAGAAUCAUAGAUUAUCAGUGUACCGGCCGUUCAAUACAUUUCAUUUAUGUUUUGUAAUUGUAUGGCGUUAGUAAAAUUGUACACCUACAUAAUUUGUUGCAAAACUUACAAAUCAUUAAAAAUUAAAACACUUACUUUAGCAGUGCAUGAAAACGUUACAUUUUAAAUAAUGUUACUACAGUGCAUGAAAAUGUUAAUUUUAAAUAAUGUUACUACUUUUAAAUAAGUCUUAAAUAUUUAGUGCAAAUGUUUUCAUCAAUACUUAGUUUCCCCAUUAUCAUUUUAUAAAAUUUAAAUGCACCACAAAAAUGUAUAUAAUUGCUAAUUUUCAAAUCUGUUUUCAUGUUUUUAGAAUGGUUGCCACCUGUAAAAUAAACUACUUAUAUUUGAGAUAUCAAUAUAACUUUACUGUAUUUAGUAUUCUGGAACCCAUAUCAAAUUUUCAGCCCAUGAAAAGCAACUUAGUAUCCAUUUUUAAAAAAGGUAACUUGUCCUGUUGUAGAAAUCUUGCAAAUACAUGUGUAUCCAUAUAUACAAUGUAUGCAUUUGUUGUAGAUAUAUUUUUCCUGCUGGGGUGUCAUUAAACAUCUAUUCUAUUCUAUUGUUGUAGAUCUUUGCAUUUUACUUUAAAGAAUAUUAUAUUUUUGUCACAGUAAUAUUGUAAUACUAGCUCUCUUUGUCCAGCCUUUCAUUCCAGUAUUAUAUGUCAUAUAUUUGUUUCCAAAAAUGUUUGAUAAAUUCAGUAUAUAAUAUGCAUAAUAAUAUUAUGUAUUUUGCACUCUUUUUAUGCAGUUUUAUUUGUGAAAUAAAAACUUAUUUAUGUACA